GUCGAAUGUGCACUCCCUCCCUCCACUGACUGACUGACCGGACGGCAGCAAGGCAUGGUACCGCUACAGUGAAAGGUUAGGAAAGCAAAGCAGUUGAACGUGCAGCAUUGCAGCGCAAAAGAACAGCUCAGAGCCAAGGAGAUCAUCUACGGAAGAACGAGCGACGUCACACUACCACUGCACUGCACGUCUCCUACCCAUGCCCCUUCCCGUAGCCCAAGCUCAAGCCCACCGACUGCGGAAAAGCGAAAAUGCCGCCUACACUCCAGCCCAGCCCAGCCUGCCCCGCUCAACACUCCCCUCACGUCGGCCGCUGUCCGCACGUACACAGCAGAUCCCCACAAACACACUUCAAGCCGCCGCAGCAAGCGUCCGCAUGGUUCGGCUCGCCCGGCUCUGCGCAUGCGGCGUCAAUAUUUAUUACCAGCCACAUACAACUAUAGAAGUGAAGGAGUGGAGGACUGUGUUGGUUUGUAGGAGGGAGGGAGAAGGAAGGGGUGGCUUACCACCUUGCCCGAUGCACCACGCUUCGAAAGCUGAAGGUUCGUCGGAGGGGAGUGCUGUGCCCAUGGCGACGCUGGCGCUGACGCCGGCGAGGAUGGCAGUGAGGGUGGAGAGAGCGAAACGCAUCUUGAUGGAUGGAUGUCUUGAAUAUCUUCGCUCAGAGGGAGUGUUGGAUAUAGAUAAGGAGUUGUAAAAUUACACACUCUAGACAUUAAACCCUCCCCUCAUCCUUAUAAACAAACGACUCGGGAAGUUCGUUCACUAGUUGGGCUACACUGCGUCAAGGAAAUCCGAAG